AGUUCUCUAGCGUAUGGUAUAUGUACGUGAAUACAUAUAUGUAUAUUAACAUUGUUUAAGUUUUACGGAAGCACGGAAUUUAACAAUGCAAUAGGAAUAAGUUUGCAUAUAGAACAAGUAAAAAAAAUAAAAAACAAAAUGGAGUGAUUUACGACUUAGUUGUAAUAAAAAUACGAAUGAAAUUUAUGACGAUUUAUUGCUUCGGUUUUGUUUGACUGUAUUGUGUACAUAAACAAAUAUUUUAACAAUGUCUUUAAGCAAUAAAAGCAACAUAAGCGAAAAAGAAAUCGACGAUGAGGAUAUGCUGUCUCCCACUAAAUUAUCUACUAAUCUUGUUGUUCGAGUAAAUCAAGACUCCGAUGACAACCUGCAAGCACUAUUCGAUAGUGUACUGAAUCCCGGAGAUGCAAAACUUCCUUUGCAGCUACCAUUUCGUAUGCGCAAACUGCCGAAUUCGUUUUUCAAUCCUCCAGCUCCCCUACAUUCGCGAGCAAACAGUGCCGAUUCCACAUACGAUGGCUCACAAACCAAUAUCAACAAGACUGCCCAGCCAGAAAUACAGCCAUCACUCUCACAAAACCAGCCAUCACACAGUCGUCUGACAAUACAUCAUUUUCGCGCUCGGAGCAGUCCAGCUUCCCUACAGCAAAACUAUAAUGUUCGCUCUAGAAAUGAAUCGGCCGCAAAUAGCAACCAGGGGCCUGCGUACCCGGAUAAUAAUGUGGACUUCGCUAGCAGUACGGCAAAUAAUAUUGAUUUAGAUGUAAUAAAUACGUGCAUGGGACAAGGACCGGAGACUCCAUUAUCUACUCAGACCAUUCAUAAAAAGCAAAGAUCAUAUGACGUUGUCAGUCCAAUUCAACUACAAAGUCAAUUAGGUGCACUACCGCCUGGCUGGGAGCAAGCUAAAACUAAUGAUGGGCAGAUUUACUAUUUAAACCACACCACAAAAACAACACAAUGGGAAGAUCCAAGAAUUCAGUUUCGUCAACAGCAACAACGAGCUAUGUCCGAUCGGAAACCAGCUGAUGUUAUUCAAACUUCAAAGCAAGCUAGCGCCCCGAGCAUAUCUACCCAUAUUGGCCCACUACCCGAUGGUUGGGAACAAGCUGUUACUGAGUCUGGAGAUAUUUAUUUUAUAAACCAUAUUGAUCGAACGACUUCAUGGAAUGAUCCUAGAAUACAAUCUGGUCUUAACGUGCUAGACUGUCCUGAUAAUUUAGUAUCGUCUCUUCAGAUUGGGGAUAAUAUUUGCAGCAAUAUUUUUAAUGAUACCCAAACUGUCAUUAACACACCGUCUUCCCACAAACCUGAUGAUUUGGAAUGGUAUAAAAUAAAUUAAUAAAAGUUUUUGU